ACGAGGAGGAGACUGAAGAAGCUUACAGGGCCCGGAAGGAACUUUUCGCGGUAGUGGCUCCGUUUGGGUAGCGAUGGGCUGAGUGUAAGAGGGAACAGACGGGUGGCGGCUUUUCCUUAGGGGCUUUUUGGACUCGGUGGACAGAAUGCUUUCCAAUUUUGAAGCUUUGGUUGGGGUGGCAACUUAUACCCGUGGGUGGGAAAUCGCCGUUUAAAGAACCGCGGCGUUCUUGAGCAGACGCGCCUCACUUCAGGGGCUCUUAAUACCGAUUUCCGUUAUCUAUCUUCCCACCGUCCCAAAGCGGUUGUUUUCUUACUUUACGCUUCUGGCAUAGCAGGAUACGUAACUGCGUUAAGAAGGUGAAGUUUGCGGCACUGAGGCAGGGGCUGAUCGUUUCAUCUCCAGGUAUAAAUGGUUGUGAAAUCUGAGUGUUUUUCCUUUCUUUCUAUAGUUAUUGCUGUUGGAUUUGAAAUGCCUUGAGAAGAGCGAGGUCGUUAACAAAUUGGCUAAUCGCUCUUCAUUGAUCGAUGGCUUGGAAUAUGGGCCAAUGCAUGCUUAGGUUAAGUUUAGUUGUUCAGUGUUUUUUUACAUAGGAUUAAAGAUUUGUUCUGUUGGUCGCAAUAGCUGAGGUCCUGCUUUAGUUUUAGUUCAGGUAGUCCCGCCGAAAUUAUUGCAGAUAAAGUUUUGCAUAACCCUUUACAUCAUCUUAAUUUGAGUGGGAUGCCUGGAUUGCAGCCCAAUAUUUAGUUUAACUCUGGACAUAAACAUAAAUCCCAUAACUGUAGAAAGAAUACUGGCAUCAUAUGAAAUAAUUAGUUAUUGCAUUACUGGCUGGCUAAUUUAAUUUUCCUGGAGUUGUAUAGCAAAGUAGACAGGACUUCCCAUCAGACUGGCAAAGUAAAGUACAAGUGCUGGCAGUUAAGCUAGCAUUUAUGUCAGCUAUAUAAUUAUCAGUCAUCUGGUGCUGAUGGGUUACUAAGAAUGGAGAGUAGGCAUCAGAGAAAUUAAAUGGGAGGGCUGGUUUAAUAACCUGUGAAAGCAGCCACAUUCACCAGAACUGAGCCUUGGAAGGUUUUUGUGAAGGAGUGGUUGCUUGACUGUCUACCAUGAAGAAAGCAUUCAGAAUCACCAUGGGUAGCUUUUCAUCUGGAUAAAGUGAUGGGAAAAUUAAGAUGGAAGGGGUCGUUGAGAAACCACAGAUUCAGUUAACUGGAUUUAAGUAUGAAGAAAAGGAAAUUCUAAUCCAGUUGCUUCUGAAAUUAGACUGUGUUUUCCUUAACAGUGAGCAGUAUAAAAAUUGUACUCAUCUUAUAGCAAAAAGGCCUUGCAAGAGUGAAAAGUUUCUAGCAGCAUGUGCAGCAGGAAAAUGGGUACUAACUAAGGACUACAUAAUUAAUAGUGCCGAAAGUGGCAGAUGGCUUGAUGAAACAACUUAUGAAUGGGGUUAUAAAAUUAAAAACGAUUCUCUUUAUUCACCUCAAAUGCAAUCUGCACCUAAAAGAUGGCGCGAAAAGCUCAGUCAUUCUGGUGCUACAGGAGCCUUCCACAGAUGGAAUGUUGUUCUGCUUAUUAUAAGUCGUGAUAAACGAGAGGAUUCUUUGAUAAGAGUUCUAAAAGCUGGGAAAGCCAAUAUUUAUGCAACACUAAGUACACCAAAAGAUAUUACCCAUGUUUUAACUAAUAAUACAAUAUUAAAUCAAGGGAAACUGAAACAUCUCUUUGGGGCUCCGUGCUACCCAAUUCGUUAUUUAGGAACUUAUCUUUUAGAGAAUGAAAUUAAAAGUAAUGUUGAAGAAUACCAGAAGAAAAACGUUAAAUAUGAGCAAAAAUCGAGAGGAACAAUGGUUGAUACACAAUUUGAUGAAAUAAAAAAUGCCCUUAUCAAGCAUAUAUAUUAUCAACAGGCAGUGCUAAGUAAGUACACUCAAAUGGGCGAGAAGAUGGAAUGCAACAAAGAGCUUGAAAAUGCUUCCUGUUCCAGGAAAAACAAGAUAUUGGAAGAACUAGUGGAUGAUAAUUUUUUUCCAAUUGCAGUCACAGAAUUUUUCUCUGGAAAAGAUUGUAUUCCUCCUGCUAAACUAAUUCAUUCUCUUUUAGAGCAUAUUCUACAGGGCAAUUCAGACCCUACACUUUCUGUUCAGUUUUUUCAUAUGAUGUAUACUCUCCUCGAACGUAAUCCUCCUUGGAAAUCACCUUCUACGCUAAGGUAUUAUCUUGAAAUUCUUCAGUGUCCUGUUUGUAAGAAUGGAACAUGGUCUCUGAUGGACAUGCUUGUCAGGUCUUGUCUUUAUCACAAUAAUAUUUGUCAUUCAGUCAUGGACCCAAAAACUACAAAUACGGACAGAACCUUUCACAAAAAAUUGCUGACAUUUGUUAUGAAUUUGUUUGAUGCUGAAGUGUUGGCAUUAACAAGAAGGCUUUAUGAAGAAAGUGACUCACAUAAACCUCUAGCGAUGCCACAGACGGUUCUUUUGAACACCUUUUGGUUAAAAAAUGAUUCAGUGCUUUUCAACAAACAAAUAAAUAUUCUAAUAGACUGGGUCAUAUAUUCAUAUAGAGAAAAGUACAGGACAAUUGAUGUCUUCAAACAUAAAAUAGCUGAAAUAUUAAAUUCAGUUUUGGGAGCUGUUGUGGAAUAUUGGAUUCUUUCAGGCUUCAUAAUGGACAGAAAUAUGUUGCAUUCUGUAGCAGAUGACCUUGCUUCUUAUAUUGCCAUUUCGUGUGAUGAUUUUUCAUAUGAAGAAUUAAAAGUAUUCAUUUCUUCUAUCCCAUCUCUGUGGCUUGAAAUGUUUGUUGCGGAAGCUGUGUUUAAAAAUCUGUAUUUCCAAAACAGCACUCUUUUUUCUAAUGAACUGCUUUCACUUCAAAAAAUGGUUUCUUGCUAUCUACCUACUUUACAAGCUGGAGUGUGUGAGAAAGGGAAGAUGCAGAAAGAAAAGAAAAAGAAAAUAGGGCAGUGGCCAUGCUCUGAGUCUCAGAGGGCAUUACUGAUGCUAAGUGGUGAUAAGCAGAACCAAGCCAAAGUCCUGCCCGAUGUACCUGUACAAACCAAGGAUAACUUUGCUCAACUACCAAAAUAUAUUGAAAGAAAAACCAAGCCUACCAUAUUGCAUGGCAAAGAAAAUUGCCAUUCUUCAGCUAACCAUGUGAAUGUUCAUAAGAUUAACCUUAAAGGGGAGACAGCUCUGCAUAUUGCAUGCAAAAGCAACAAUGUGAAGAAAUUGGUUCGUCUUCUGACUGUACCAGGAAUAGAUAUUAAUGUUAAAGAUUAUGCCGGUUGGACACCUUUGCAUGAAGCCUGUAACCAUGGUGGCACAGUGUGCGUCCGUGAAAUUUUGCAGCAUUGUCCAGAAGUAAACCUAUUCAGUCAAGUGGAUGGGGUGACUCCCUUGCAUGAUGCUCUGUCAAACGGACAUGUAGCAAUUGCUGAGCUUCUACUUCAGCAUGGCGGAUCAAUAUUGUUGCAACAAAAAGAUUCUAAAGGAAAGUUACCACUUGAUUACAUAAAAUGUCCAGCAACUAAGCAACAUCUUUUGAAUAUUGUGAUGCCAGAACAGACAGUUGAAGAAUUUCAUGCUCAAGUACAAAGUAAUUUCUAUAAUCAACGCAAAGAAUUAUGGAUAAUCUUAUUUUGCAAGAUGUUGUUAAAUCUUUGUUCUGUAUAUAACUUAUUUAAACCUUUUCCUAUUACCUUUAAAAAUCUUGGUUGCUCAGAUGCAUUCCUGGUGACAGAUGACUGUUAUAAACUUAAUAUGAACUCUUCUAAUCAUUGGUUAAUAGAUCUUUAUUUUAGAGAGCUUGAAACUUUUCAUAAACUCCCAGAAUAUCUUCAGAAAACUAUUGAGGAUAUUAAAGAUGAGCCAGGAGAACAAAAACAAGCUUUUUUCACAAUGUUACAGCAAAUUAUAAUUACUGUUCAGAUGUCUGGUUCAUAUUUAGCUAACAAACCUCAAAGUUAGUGUGACUUGCCUAAAAUACAUAACUAACAUUAAUAUGGCAAUUUUUGUUUGGAUAAGUGAAACACAUGAAAAAUUGUGUUUUGUCCCAACAUAUGAAAGGUUGAAGACUGGCUUAGUUGAAAGCCCUAUUAGAGAACCCUAAUAUGCAAACUAUUAUGAUCAUCCACUAAAGUCUCCUCUCUUUUGUGGAGUAGUUGAAGAGAUUUCUAGUUUUAUCCUAACUAUAUAGUUCUCAGUGAUUCCUCAGUUCAGGAACUGCAGUUUACACUAGCUUUGGAAUAUGCCAGGAUUAGACAACUCAGUAUGAUUCUUGCUUUUUAAUAAGUACCACUAUGAAUAAACUAGUUUCUUGCAAAUUUCGAAUUUUUGAAUGGAUUGAUAAAAUGUUAGUCUGAGGCCCAACGUGGUUCCUUCACAUAUCAAACAAAUGGCUUUCUGUUACAUUUGUGUGAAUUUUGUUACAAUGCACAAGUGGGUUAAAACAACUACCCUGCAUUAAUUCAGUUAAUUUUCAAAUUAUUGUUAUACAAUGAUGGUUUGAUUGCUACACUGACGGGUUUUCAGAAUACCGGUCUGUAAGUUUGAAUGCUUUUUUGUGAUGAUGUAUAUGUUCCUUUAUAUUGUUGUCAAUACUAAAAUAUAACAAAUCAUUUUUAUGUAAUAUCUUGCAUAUACUUUUAAAAAAAAUAAAUGUCCCAAACUCUUUUAAA